UCCAAAUGCUUGUGUUAGUUUGAAGAAAUUAGCAUGUACCCGUGGAUUUGCAGAGGAUCCAUCCUGGCCACGUCUCUCACGUUCUGUUCGUACGUGUAGGACACGUCGUUUUGGAAUGGGGAGUUGACACGUCCUGCGAUAUACAGCUACGCCUGCUUGCCUGCGUGAUAGGCAUUGCAGUUAAUAUACUUCGGAAAGUAACAUGUGAGCUGGUUAAACCUGAGCAAUUUCACUGAAACCGAUUGUUCGGUACCAUUACCUGUGAACAAGCAACCACAGAUUCUUUAACAACAUAACUGAGACUCUUUAACAACAUAACUGAGACCAUGGGGACAGAGACCGGUGAAGAGGGCCCACCCAGUUUGGAGUACAUCCAGGCCAAAGACCUAUUUCCACGGAAGGAUCUGGUGAAGGAGGAGGAGGAUCUGCAGAUUCCUUUUCCAGUACUCCAGGGUGAAGGUGUGGAAUACCUAGGCCGUGCAGAUGAUGCUAUAAUCGCUAUUUCCAAUUAUAGGCUGCACAUUAAAUACCAAGAUUCUUUAAUCAAUACCUUUCUGCAGGGUGUGGACAGUGACAUCUCAGUGCCUGUACGAUUAAUUGAAGCUAUUGAGAGUCGGGACAUGUUCCAGCUUCACAUUGUCUGUAAAGAUUCCAAAGUGAUCAGGUGUCAUUUUUCUACAUUUAAGCAGUGUCAGGAAUGGCUGAAGAGAUUAAACAAAGUAAUUGCUCGCCCAACCAGACUGGAAGAUUUGUUUGCCUUUGCCUAUCAUGCUUGGUGCAUGGGAAUCUGUGCUGAUGAGGAAGAUCAGCAUGUGCAUCUCUGUCACCCUGGUGACCAUGUCUGCCACCGAUUUGAGAUGGAGGUGGAGAGAAUGCGUUUUGAUCUGCAAAAUGUCUGGAGAGUCAGUGAAGUGAACUGUAAUUACAAGUUAUGUACCAGUUACCCUCAAAAGCUGCUUGUUCCAGUGUGGAUCACAGAUAAGGAACUUGAGAGUGUUGGAACCUUCAGGUCUUGGAAGAGAAUUCCUGUGGUUGUUUACAGACACAUGCGGAAUGGUGCUGUGAUUUCACGCUGCAGUCAGCCAGAAAUUAGCUGGUGGGGUUGGAGAAACGCUAAUGAUGAAUAUCUGGUGACAUCUAUUGCAAAAGCCUGCAGUUUGGAUCGAGGAACAAAGAUAAAUGGAAAGGGCAAGAACGAGGGAACUGAUCUAUCUGAUGCAGAAUUUGACUCAUCCAUUACAGGAUCUGUGGCGGAGUGUGGAGGAACUCCUCAGAAGUUGCUUAUUUUGGAUGCAAGGUCAUACACUGCAGCUGUAGCCAACCGCGCAAAGGGUGGAGGUUGUGAGUGUGAAGAAUAUUAUCCAAAUUGUGAAGUGAUGUUCAUGGGAAUGGCAAACAUUCAUUCAAUCAGGAAUAGUUUCCACUCACUCCGAGCUGUGUGUAGUCAAAUGCCAGACCCUGGAAAUUGGCUUUCGGCAUUGGAGAGUACCAAAUGGUUACAACAUUUAUCUGUGAUGUUGAAAGCUGCUGUGCUGGUGACAAAUAUGGUGGAUAGAGAAGGGAGACCUGUCCUUGUCCACUGUUCUGACGGCUGGGAUCGCACUCCGCAAAUAGUGGCACUGGCCAAGAUCCUGUUGGAUCCUUAUUAUAGGACAAUUGAGGGAUUUCAGGUUCUGGUGGAAACUGAAUGGCUGGAUUUUGGUCAUAAGUUUGGUGAUCGUUGUGGUCACUCUGAAAAUCUGGAUGACCUGAGUGAACAGUGUCCAGUAUUUCUGCAGUGGUUGGACUGUGUUCAUCAGCUUUUGAAACAGUUUCCAUGUCUCUUUGAAUUCAACGAUGCAUUCCUAGUGAAGCUGGUUCAACACACAUAUUCAUGUCUGUAUGGAACAUUCCUCUGUAAUAACAGCAGAGAGCGAGAGGCACGCAACAUCUAUAAGCGUACCUGCUCAGUUUGGUCCUUAUUACGAACUGGCAACAAAAACUUCCAGAACUACCUGUAUAUCCCCAGCAGUGAAACGGUUUUACACCCAGUAUGUCAUGUUCGGGCACUUCACCUGUGGACAGCUGUUUAUCUGCCUAUUUCCUCUCCAUGCACACCCAUUGACAGUGCUGAGCUCUGCCUGUCUCGAAGUGGAGUGGCAGAGGAGCGAGCUGGAAAAUCACUGGACAGAUUACCAAAGGCACGCUCAGUGGACAAUCUUCCCUUGGCUUGUGACAGUGGAGCUCCGCUUGCAAGAACAUCCAGUGACCCUAAUAUAAACCAGCAUUGUCAGGAAGGACGCGAUUUUCCAGAACCUAGAAACCCACCCGUAUUAGUUGUACCUGAUGUGCCUGAAGUAACUCAUGAACUUGAAGUUGAUGCUGGAUCAUCUGUCUCCGAAUUCAAACCAGAUCAUCCGAUGGAUCCAAAAGAAACUGCACAGGAGGUUAAAGAAGAAAGUCUAGUUAGUAACCUACCUCUCAAUGCUGAAGAGGAGGAAUCUGCAGAUAACAGAAAACAACUUGAGAAAACAGCUCACGAUAGCAACCUCAAAUCUCUUGCCUAUCCCAAAGACUCUCUACAAGAGAAGCCUUCAAAUAAUCUUCACCCUAUUGCAAUAGCAAACAGUGAGAUGGAGGAUAAAGCAUUUGGAGUUACCGAGCAGAAUGUAAAACAAAACAAGAUUUGUGAGAAUCCACAAGGCCAAUGUGAACAAUAUGUACCAAACUCAACUACAAAGACCAUCCCCUUAAGCACUGACCAGUCACUAGAAUAUAAUGGCAGCCCUUCUGCUUUCCAACCCCAUUUCCAUUCUAUGGGAGAUAUAUUUAACGUCAAGAAAAACAUUUCAACAAUGAACAGCUCCACAGAGACAGUAACUGAGGAGAGGAUAAAGACAGAUGGUUUAUCCCCCCCCAAGCACACGAGUUUUGGAAAAAACAAUAUACUUGUAAAUAGACUGCAGAAUGAAGCAGAGCAGUCCAGGGUUGGCCGAAUAGGAUCAGAGAGUGUGCGAACUAUUAGGAAGCCGAUUUGUCAAAGUCAUUUUAGUGACUUUUCAUUGCUAAACUCAAAUUGGGAUAGUGUGCAGGGCUUAGUAAAAUCAGCCUACAGUGGUGAUGCGAACUACAGGAGAGCCAAACUAAAUGGCUGUCAUUAUAAAAGACUAAAUAAUAAGCAGCUGAAGGUGGGUUCUGCAGUGAAUGGACAAUACCUGCUUAAGGAUGAACAAGUAGGAGCAUUUAAAAAUCUCCGACAGUCCCACCAAAUCCAUUCUAGCCUUUAUUCGUUAGGAUCAAAUGUAAAGAUCUGUGGUUUCCUCACUCACUCAUCACAUUGGAGACAGCUUCAACAGGUUCGACAUACUGCUACUACUGCUUUGGAGACGUGUCCAAGCUACGUCGAUGACGAUGGGUUGCCAUUUCCUGUCGAUGCAGUUCAACAGAGGUUGCGGCAGAUUGAGGCAACUUACAAGCAGGAGGUUGAGUUGCUUCGCCGACAGGUUCACGAACUUCAAAUGAGAUUGGACAGUCAACAGUACUGUAACUCUCCUGCGGAGAUUGACAUUGAUUAUGGGGAUGACUUUACGUGCCUGAGAGAAUCAGACGAUAGUGAUAUUGAGGAAUCUCUGUCCAUUCACAGUGAUGACCAGCGCUCGGAAGCAAGUUGGGAACCUGUGGAUAGAAAGGAAACUGAGGUAACGCGAUGGGUCCCUGAUCAUAUGGCAUCCCACUGCUUUAACUGCGACUCGGAAUUCUGGUUAGCCAAAAGGAGACAUCAUUGCAGAAACUGUGGGAAUGUGUUUUGUGCCAACUGCUGUCAUCUGAAGUUACCUAUUCCAGAUCAGCAGCUAUAUGACCCUGUGCUGGUGUGCAACUCCUGCUAUGAUCAGGUUCAAGCUUGCCGUACCAGGGAGAUUAUGAAUCAGCAGCUGAAGAAGCCGAUUGCUACUGCAUCCAGUUAAAGAGACAUUCUGCCUUCCCUAACUUAUGCCGUGAAACUUCUGUCAUCCAGGAAACUUGACACUUGGGGGUGAUCUGGGUUCCACAGAAACAAGAAAAGCAAAUUCCCAGCUGGAUAGCUGUUUGGGAGAUCAAAAAUACUGAUGUUAAAAAAAUGCUGCUACAACAAGCUCUAGACCUGUGCACUAUGAACUUUGGAUGUGGGAGGGUAGUAGGUAGAAAAAGAAAAAAAAAAUCCAUUUCUAACUAAUGUGCUAUUGAGGUUGAAAAAUUCAUGUGUAAAGAACUUCUGAGAUAUAAAAUGGAGACUAUGUGGUGUUCUGUUUCUCAAUUGUUUAAAUCGCCAUUAAAACAAGCAACUUCUGUGCCUCAAUAGACAGAGUUAGAUUUGUGCAAAAUCUAAUUGUA